AUGUCUAGAAAGCACGCGGGAUAUACUCUACUUACUGGUCCCAAAAUCAUCCAUGAAACAAUGGAAAAGAUUGUUCAGAUAAAGGAACGAUUGAAGGCUACACGUAGUCUUCGGAAAAGCUAUGCUGAUGUGAGACGCAAACCCCUAGAAUUCAAAGCAGGAGACCGUGUUGUCCUAAAGGUCGCACCAUUGAAGGGUAUCAUUAGAUUUGGAAAACGAGGUAAACUAAAUCCCCGUUACAUCAGACCUUUUGAAAUCCCGGAAAGAGUUGGUCCGGUGGCUUACAAACUCAAGUUACCUCAAGAAUUCAACAAAGUUCACGAUACCUUCCACAUGUGUAAUCAUAAGAAGUGUCUCUCUGAUGAGAACCUUGUCAUUCCUCUUGAAGAGGCCCAGGUCAACACUAAACUUCACUUCGUAAAAGAAACGAUGGAGAUCAUGGAUCGAGAAAUCAAAAGCCUCAAAUAA